UAUAAGAUAGAGCGUAGAAGCUCCCAAACUGUUGUCUUGGAAAGCAAUUUAAGAAUCCGAUCAAAAGAGUGAAUAAGAAGAAGAGGAACACUAUGGAAGCCGAAGCUCAAGAAUCGAGCCCCCAAAACGACGCCGUCAUCACCUCCUUCUGCGAGAUCACCUCCGCCUCCAAACAAGAAGCCCUCUUCUUCCUCGAAUCCCACAAUUACGACCUCGACGCCGCCGUUUCCACUUUCUUGGACAACGAAAACGCCGCCGCUGACGACGACGCCGCCGUCACCGUCACCAACCCGGUCCAGCCCUCCCACUCGCUCUCGCCGUCUCCGUCACACUCGCCCGAGUACUCGCCCUCCCAGUCGCCCACGCGCUCUCGCUCCCCGUCGCCGGCUCCGUCUCGCCCGGCCUACCAGCUCCGGUCCAAACGCGCCGCCUCCGGGACCAGCAAGGAGGACAACAAGCCGCCGGCUGCGCGUACACGUGGCGGCAUUCGCACGCUUUCCGAUCUGAAUCGGCGUCCGGUGAAGGAUGGGUCUGACAGUGACUCCGAUGAGCCCAACGAGUACUACACUGGUGGCGAGAAAAGUGGUAUGCUUGUCCAAGACCCCACCAGAGGCGGGGGUGACGUGGAUUCAAUUUUCACUCAAGCCAGACAGUUUGCACAAGGACCUCUGGAACCUUCGUCAAGCUCAAAAAGUUUUACUGGAACAGCUAGAACACUUACAGGAGAGACCGUUCCAACUGCUGCACCUCAGCCACCUGAGUCCAUCAAUCACACCAUUACUUUCUGGAGGAAUGGCUUUUCCAUAGAUGACGGUCCGCUGCGGAGGCUGGAUGAUCCUGCAAAUGCAGCCUUCUUGGAAAGCAUCAAGAAGUCUGAGUGCCCAAAAGAGCUUGAACCAGCUAGUAGGAGGACUACUGUUCAUGUCAGUCUUAUGAAGCGGGAGGAAGACUACCCUGAACCAUUGAAGCAGCGGGGUCAGGUUGCUUUUCAGGGUGUUGGAAGAACAUUAGGUGGCAGCAGCUCGGAGUCAGCUGCCUCUGAGUCAACUGCUGCUGCCAGUCCUCCUCUUACAACUGCUCCAUUGCCAUCAAUGGGCUUAACUGUUGAUCAGUCAUUGCCGUCGACCUCUAUUCAGCUAAGGUUGGCAGAUGGUACCCGGAUGGUGUCUCGCUUCAACAACCACCAUACAAUCAGAGAAAUCCAUGCUUUUAUCGAUGCAUCAAGACCUGGUGGGGUAAGAAAUUACCGAUUGCAGACAAUGGGUUUUCCUCCAAAACAGCUCACUGAUCUGGACCAGACAAUUGAGCAGGCCGGUGUCGCCAAUUCUGUUAUCAUCCAAAAACUCUAGGAACGUUGUAGACGCUUGAGUCUCAGAGCCAGAUUUAAGUACAUCUAUCCUAGUUAUGAUGAAUUCUUAUUAGACCCAAGGAAGUUGAAAUUAUCCAUGGAGGCGUUCAUCAAACGGUUUAUGUUUUUCUUAUGCAAGAUAUUAUGUGUUUCUAAAGCAUAGGAAGCUAGUAUGUUAAGUACAUUGUUGUUGAAUGAAGAACCUCUUUCAGGCAAAAUGGCUUUCCUUCGUUCUUUUC